AUGACAGUAACCCUGGGUCUCAGGGCGGGAAACCCAUCAUACUCGGAGGCCAGGGGGGGCAGCCCUGCCAUAAGUUCAGCUGGGAGACCCGAGGGGGUUUCGGGGGAGGGGGAGGCGCCUGUACAACCGGUGGUGGAGGAGGAGGCUAUAGAGGUAGGUGAAAACAUAUUUACCGUAAAUAUACAGUAUAUAGCACUGUAACAUUAAUAUAUAACUAUCAAUAUGACAUUACAUCUCCAGUCUUGUCUUAACAUGUUAAGGUAGGUUGUCCCUUUGCCAUUUGUUGGUCCAACAAAUUAUCAUUAUAUGUCUUUAGACAUUAUCAUUAGAUAUUUGAUCAGGUAGCACUUUAGAUUAAAUUAAACCUUUAUACCAUUAAGGUACUCUGUAGUAAGUUCACUGACUAAUUGUGUUUUUUAUUACCACCACCACAACCAUCCCCCUCCCUUUCUCUAGGUGGCAACACCUCUGAAGCUAAUGACCCAAAGCAGGAUGGAGAAGACGGCUCCUCUUUCAUCAGCCCAGAGGGAGAGACCUUCCUGGACCCUUUGAAAGGUAACGGAUGAUGAAAUGAGAGACAAUCACACUAACACUUUCUAUGAACUAUAGGGCGGCAACCGGCAAGGUAAAGGUUAGUGAGGUGGACCAGUAGCCGGAGGUUGCUGGUUCAAGCUCCAGGCAGGGCGAUAAAAGUUGGAACUGAAUUGUGACGCAGCAUGUAUCCUGUUGACCUUGUCCGGUGUCUGUGCCUGUAGGUAUGGAAAGUGAUGGAGAGGUGAUCAUCGGCCCCGUGCUGAACUGUAGCCACUGUGAGACGGGUGACUGUCACAAGAACGAGGAGGGGACCGUAUGUUACUGUGACGAGGACCUUGUACUGGACCGCGACGGAGUGUCUUGUUUCAACUCAUCAACAGGUCAGAAACACACACUCUCUCACUCAUGCACGCACACACACACACACAAACUCCAAUUCAACACGUUGUUUGGAUCCACAAUUGUGGACAGUAAGUACAAAGGACACAUAUUUGAAAGGUCAUACAAAUAGCUAGUUGACACACACACAAAUGCGCACGCAAACAUACGUCGUGUUUGAUAUGGGUAAGUUUAGGCUCUCAGAACAUUCACACCUGGCCCAAUGGGCAAUCAGCAAGCAAUUGUCUGGACUUGAACAGAAAAGUGAACAUUCACACAGUUGUAAUGUUUUUUAUUAAACCAAUAUAUAGCGAUAUCGUAUCGAUAAAAUGCAACAGCAUUUUCCAUAUGUGCCCAUCACUAAUAUUCAGUUAAUGUGGUGCUCUUCCAAUAAGAUGUAUUUGACCCAGAUCUGAACUCUUCUCUCCCCUGACAGAGGUGUCUCCCCUGCCCCCCCAGCCCUCCCUGUCCCAGUUGGCCCUGGUUCUGUCUGUGGGGACCUCUGCCCUCAUUGCUGCCCUACUGUUGGCUGUGUCUGGAGUCAUGAUCAGUAAGUGCUGAAAUGCGUAGGAUACAAACGCAGACUUAUGUGGACACACAUACAUGCACACUUUUAACAUAAGGCAUAUUGCAAACGUAGGUUUUUUGGGUUAUCCAUACAUACAUAUUGUACUGUGCGCACACAACACACACCAUUGCAUCUGAACACAUGUUAUGUGCGCACAAGCACAUGUAUGUGCAUACACACACACAGGAAUAUUGAUGCACACACACAAACACAUAAUUGCAUUUUCAUUCUUUACAAACACCCACAUGUCCACACUGUCACUCACAAAGGCUGUAGAUUCCCUGUACACUUCUACACAGAAUCCGAAAGCACUUACUUACUGGAAUAAAUACCCUUGGGGGGGGGGCAUCAUUGAGCCAUCAAGCCACACAUCACAUCAGCAGCUGCAUGAUGAAUUGGUGGGGGAAGAAGAUGUGUGGCGGAGUUGCAAUGAUGAAUGACACACACAUGCGAGCGUGCGCACACACACACACACUGAUGAAUGAAACACGCUAAUGAUGGACAAACAAUUAAGCGCUCGUGCAUUACCACUUUAUAAAUAAAUAAAUCCACAUAGGUUCCACAACUAAUGUGUUUACAGCCCUGGUCAGAGCCGUCUGUUUGUCUGCUGCAGCGCUGUAAGGUGUGUGUGUGUGUGUGUGUGUAUGUGUGUAAAGGGGGGGGGUUGGGGGAGGUUGUGUGUCGCGUACUGUAUGUGGCUGUCCUACUGGUUGACUUUUGCAUAAGUAAUGUGGUCUGUUUGUGUACAUAUGUGCAUUUUGAAUAGUUUAUAUGUAUUCUGCAUAUACAUAUGUUCUUGACAUACCAUGAUAAUUUUAAACAGAGUAUGCCUUCUGAAGUUGUAAUGAACCCUUUAUAAGGCUUACGUAGAUACUUCAGCAUUCUUUCAUAAGCACAUUUCAUACUAUAUACAUUAAAGGGUGGUAUAAGGGUUAUGCCCCAUUUGGCAAAGCACCAGACAAAAGCACCUGUUAUAUCACCCGUCAUAUGUGUGGCGUUUGCUUAUGAAGCGUCUGUUGACGAUGUGCCGACAUGGGUCCUUUUUCUACGUCCCUUCACAUAUCUGUCCAUAUUUCCUCAUAGUAUAUGCAUAUUCUUGCCUAUGCAGUGUACAGACGUAAGCAUACAGAGCUACAGUCCAUUCAGCUGGAGCUCCAGAGCCCAGACUGUAAGCUGAGCAAGCUGAGGGCUUCAACCAUCAUGACCGACUAUAACCCCAACUACUGCUUCGCUGGGAAGACCGCCUCUGUCAACGACCUGAAGGAGGUGCCCCGACGCAACAUCUCCCUCACCAGGUACACUAGCCUUUAAAAAUAGUCAUAAACAACAACAACAACUAGAAUACGUUAGCUUCAGCUGUCUAAAAACUUGCCUCACCCACUACCACCUGGGUGAUGCCACGGCAGUCAUUUUGAGCUAGAAAUCUCACCACACAUCAGGGUGGUGUUCACUAGGGGGCCGAUUCAGACGUAAGAAAUUAACACAUUUCCUACGCACACCUUUCCUUUGCACUUCUCAGCAGUUGGUAUUCAGACUUACCUAUGCAGGUGCGUAAUGCGCUCUACAGGUGAGGCUACCUUGCGGGCACUGAAUAAAUGUAAUCCAACCACUGUAAAUCCUCCCACUUGCUGGCCAACACAUUUUCUCGUGGAGUUUUCAUUCAAUAGGGUUUUCAGUUCAUUUUUCUUAAACCAUCCCUUUAAAUAUGGUGUACCUUUAAUUAGAAUUUUGUCGACAGACUCACUAGAAUACAUCAAGAGAACAGGUUCAGAAUGUAGGGAUCAAUGAAAGAAAGCCACCUAUUCGUUUCCAUUUCAGCACCGAUUGGUAGACCUAAAAAUACACUGAUCUUGUAGAUUAUUUAGUCAAAUUCUUGGCUUAGGAUAGUAUGUAUCAAUAUUUUAAAAAAGAGGUUUGGAGAGCCUUUAAGCACUAAAUAUAUUGAUGAAUCCAAAAUACAGUGGUUUGAUUCAUCCUGAAAGUUUCCAUAUUCAAGCUCAAUCCAUGAAAUAUUGGAAGGUGGAAGAAAGUGUACAAUAAGGGUUGUACAAUAGUCCUAUAAACCUACCCUAACCCUCACUAAUCAUGGAACUGUAAUGACAACAGUCAAGUCGUCGUGAACCGUGCGCCAGGCUCCAGGUUGAAACUGCUACGUGUGGUCUGAAUUCCAUAAUGAUUCAAAUAGGCUACAUGUCCCAAAUUAUUGCACAAUGUUAGCCUAAUAUGAUCCACUAUUGGUAGCAACUCUCAGGAACAACUACACGGGACGUGACAGAGGAAAGAAAGGUAAACGGAAUGGAAUGAUGCAAAAUGUAGACUACAAUUUGAAGGAAACUAACACUAAGGUGACAGUUUCAAAUGUAUGUGGGUAUUACUGACGGUGGCUGCCGAUAGUGGCUAAUAUUGAACUUGAUACAAAUUGUAAAAUAGCCUAAAACUGAGAAAAGCCCUUGCAUGUAAUUAAAACAUUCUAAAGCGCAUUAAAUCAACCAUGCAGGUUAGGCGCUACAGAAGCCUAUAGCUUGGGUCUCCAAAUUGUAUCCCUGCAAAUUAUGAGGGCAAACAAUAAACAUUCUGAAUAACGGCACAGCUAUUUAAAGCCUACUUCGCUGUGGAAAAGGGGCUGCAAUACAUGUCAUGUUGAUAUGAUUUUGCCUUUAUAUUGUUUCACAUUCGUGUCCAGGGAUCAUAAGGAACAAUCAUCUAAAACAAUUGCUUUGUGUUUUUACAAUCCCCUUCUCCAAACGUAUUACUUAUUUACCUAGCUUUUAUCAAUAGAUCUUAGCAAUUUAUAAAUUACAGUGCAUGGAGAAUGCUUUUAUUUCUAUCAGAAAAAAAUUAAGUAAAUGCUUUUUCCACUUGGAACUGGUAGGUUCACUCGACCUAAUUCAUGGUUUUCUCACGUGUAAAGGUAGAAGAAUUAUGAGGGAAUUAAGUCACGGUCAAAAUACAGCAUAUCUGUAGACACACCUCCGUCACACCUUCAUGUCUUUGGUAUCCACCCCAAACGAAUAGUGGGUGAAGAGCAGGAUAUUCUCAUGCUUAAGUUCAAGGUCAGGAUACGCGUAGAGAGACAACUGCAUAAAAGGGAAUUACGUUCAAUUUACGCGCACUUACCUCUUGUUGGAAUUCCCCGCAGGCACAUAGUGCCUAGUGAAAGUAUACACACCCCUUGCACUAUUGUCACAUUUUGCUGCCUGAAACUUCUAUCUAAAAAAUGAUUAAAUUCGAUUUUUUCCUACAAAUCUACACAAUCUGCUACACAUUUUCAGAGUGAAAGAAAAAGUAUAACAUGUUUUUUAAAUUAAUAACAAACUUAAAACGAAGAUGUCUUGAUUGUGAAUGUAUUCACACCUCAGAGUUAAUACUUGGUGGAAGCCCCUUUGGCAGCAAUUACAACUGUACAUCAUUUUGAAUAAGAUUCUACCAACCCUGCACAACUCUUAGGGCAACGUACAGUGCAUUUGGCAAUUUCGCCCAAAAAUGACGUUACAGCCUUAUUCUAAAAUUGAUUAAAUAAAUGUUUGUCCUCAUCAAUCUACCCCAUAAUGACAAAGCAAAAAUAGAAAACACAAAUACCUUAUUUACAUAGGUAUUCAGACCCUUUGGAACCACCAAGACUCUUCCUAGAGCUGGCCGCCCGGCCAAACUGAGCAAUCGGGGGAGAAGGGCCUUGGUCAGGGAGGUGACCAAGAACCCAAUGGUCACUCUGACAGAGCUCCAGAGUUCCUCUGUGGAGAUGGGAGAACCUUCCAGAAGGACAACCAUCUCUGCUGCAGCACUCCACCAAUCAGGCCUUUAUGGUAGAGUGGCCAGACGGAAGCCACUCCUCAGUAAAAGGCACAUGACAGCCCGCUUGGAGUUUGCCAAAAGGCACCUGAAGGACUCUCAGACCAUGAGAAAUAAGAUGCUCUGGUCUGAUGAAACCAAGAUUGAACUCUUUGGCCUGAAUGCCAAGCGUCACGUCUGGAGGAAACCAGGCACCGCUCAUCACCUGGCCAAUACCAUUCCUAUGGUGAAGCAUGGAGGUAGCAGCAUCAUGCUGUGGGGAUGUUUUUCAGCGGCAGGGACUGGGAGACUAGUCAGGAUCAAGGGAAAGAUGAACGGAGCAAAGUACAGAGAGAACCUUGAAAACCUGCUCCAGAGUGCUCAGGACCUCAGACUGGGGUGAAGGUUCACCUUUCAACAGGACAACGACCCUAAGCACACAGCCAAGACAACGCAGGAGUGGCUUCAGGACAAGUCUCUGAAUGUCCUUGAGUGGCCCAGCCAGAGCCCGGACUUGAACCCGAUCUAACAUCUCUGAAGAGACCUGAAAAUAGCUGUGCAGCGACACUCCCCAUCCAACCUGACAGAGCUUGAGAGGAUCUACAGGUGUGCCAAGCUUGUAGCGUCAUACCCCAGAAGAUUCGAGGCUGUAAUCACUGCCAAAGGUGCUUCAACAAAGUACUGAGGAAACGGUCUGAAUUCUUAUGUAAAUGUUAUAUUUCCAUUUGUACUUUUUUAUUUGCAAAUGUUUCUAAAAACCUGUUUUUGCAUUGUCAUUAUGGGUUAUUGUGUGUAGAUUGAUGAGGGAAAAAAACAAAUGUAAUCCAUUUUAGAAUAAGGCUGUAAUGUAACAAAAAAGUGAAGGGGUCUGAAUACUUUCUGAAAAUUGCUCAAGCGCAGUAAAUUUGGUUGGGAAUCAUUGAUGGACAGCAAUCUCCGAAUUUCAAGCAGAUUUAAAGUUAGGUUUGAGACUGGAUCCCUCUGGAACACUUAACACACCUAUUGGAAAGCCAUUCUGGUGAGUUUUUGGCAUUACAUUCGUGUAAUUGUCCCACUGAAAAAUAAAGAGGCAGGUUUUCCUCUAACUAUUUACCUGGGCUUUUCUCCUUUCAUAUUUAUUUUGAUACUGAGAAACUCAUCAGUCCCUGCCGGUGACCUGCAUACCCAUAACAUAAUUAUUAUUAUUAUUAUUAUUAUAAUGCUGCCAUCACAAUACUUGAAAAUACAGAGGGUUUCACAUCUUGAAACUGCAGGAAUUGAACCUACAACCUUUGCAUUCCUAACACCAUGCUCUUACUGACUGAGCCGCACAGGACCAGCAAUCCUAUCUUCAGCCACCAUUUAGUGGAAUAUUAAUUGUUCCUCCUGCUUUGCAAAGUAGAGCAAUUCAGUUAAAUAGACUUCCAUGCUAAAAUCUGAAGUGUUUUCCUAACAUUUGAAAACGGUUCAACCAUAGAUAGAACAAUGAGCCAGAUGUUACAUCACUGAUGAAGGUUACAUCACUUAUGUAUAAAUCUGAAGCAUCUGGUUGGCAUUUCCGCUCAUCACCAAUUAUGGUGAUGAGAGGAAGCCCAGUGGCUGGCAGUGGGAGAAGAUUGAGCGUGAUGGAUUUUGGCUAACAUUCCGCUAAUUUUUUCAUCAACGAAACAUUUGAUCUCAAUACAGUUUUCUGAUCCCAAAACUAGAAUAUGUUACGAACAGAGUGGGCUAAGUAUUGUAGACUUUAUACUUUGCCAAAAUUUUAAAAAACUGCGUUGUUUAGAGGGAGUGUAACGACGAAUUGAGUUAUUGCACACGCGCACUUCACAGAGUAGGUCGUUCCCAAACUGAAAUAUGCAAAUACAUGCUAGAACACACCAAUAGGGUCUCACUAGCUCGUGAUUGGCUCUGCACACCUCCUUGCUUGUUCUCCCACUAUGAUUCAUUUGAUUCCAUUGGAAACAACAGGCUGUGGUCUAUCUUAGGUUAGUUACAAAAAUCUUUGGUUCAACCUUAUUUGCAUAUUAUACGUACAGUAGUUUUAUACGGUAAAGUUUCCUGUACUAACCUGCAGCGAUGCCCUCACAAAGCACCAACAUUUCAGUUGACCCAGUGACACCUGAAUGCCAUUGUCACGCCCUGGCUCUGGGGACUCUAGUAUGUUGAGCCAGGGUGUGAGUUUUCAUGUGUGUUGGUUCUAGUUGUUGUAUAUCUAUGUUGGCCAGGGUGGCUCCCAAUCAGAGACGGCUGUAGCUCGUUGUCUCUGAUUGGGAGUCAUACUUAGGUAGCCGUUAGGCAUUCAUUCAUUGUGGUUUCUUGUUCGUGUUGGUUUGUGUUUGACCAUUGACUGUCACGUUAUUGUUUUGUUGUUUUUGAUCGUGUAUCAUAAAUAAAGAGUAUGUUCGUCUGCAACGCUGCGCCUUGGUCCUCCUCUCUUAACGACGAUCGUGACAGAAGAAACCACCAAGACUGGACCAAGCAGCGUGUCCAGGAGCCAUCGCCAGGGAGAUCUCUAGCAGAUCUCCUUCGCCUCCUCGACUGGGUCAAGCCGGGUGAGGAAGAGAAGGGCUUGACAUGGAAGCAGAAGGGCGAAAGGCUGGCGAGGGACAUGGAGACCUGGUCCACGGGUAGGAGAGACGCCCAGAAAUUUUUUAGGGGGGGGCUAACGCCGUGGACGACGGGCCAGCAGGAGACCGCGGCAGAGCGGCCCAGCGGGUUGGCAGAGGAGGCCGCCAGGUUACGGGGGCCACUGGUCGAAGAGGGGAUGGAAGGUGUAGAGGCACGGCGAGAGGUACUGGGGUGUGUUACCAGUCCGGUCCGGCCCAUUCCAGAUCCCUGCGUAGGAACAGUGGUGUGUGUCCCCAGUACGGUCCGGCCUGUUCCUGCUCCCCGCACCAGGCCAAUGGUGCGCUUCGUCAGCCCGGCUCGGCCCGUUCCUGCUCCCCGCACCAAGUCAGUGGUGCGCUUCGUCAGCCCGGCUCGGCCCGUUCCUGCUCCCCGCACCAAGUCAGGGGUGCGUUUCGUCAGCCCGGCUCGGGCCGUUCCUGCUCCCCACACCAAGCCAGUGGUGUGCGUCGUCAGUCCGGCACAGCCCGUGCCUGUUCCACUGGUGCCUGGUUCAGCACGGGUCAGCUGCUUCACGCCGGAGCUAGAGCAAUCCGCUCCACCAGUGUGCAGUCCAGCUCCGGUCAGCAGGGCCAGACCGGACCAGGGGUACCUUGGGGGGUUAGAGAGCGAGUGGGGAUCAUGCCCGGAGCCGGAUCCGCCGCCAAGGCGGAGUGCCCACCCGGUCCCUCCCCUGUGGUAUUUGGUUGGCGCGGUCGGAGUCCGCGCCUUUAGGGGGGGGGUACUGUCACGCCCUGGCUCUGGGGACUCUAGUAUGUUGAGCCAGGGUGUGAGUUUUCAUGUGUGUUGGUUCUAGUUGUUGUAUAUCUAUGUUGGCCAGGGUGGCUCCCAAUCAGAGACGGCUGUAGCUCGUUGUCUCUGAUUGGGAGUCAUACUUAGGUAGCCGUUAGGCAUUCAUUCAUUGUGGUUUCUUGUUCGUGUUGGUUUGUGUUUGACCAUUGACUGUCACGUUAUCGUUUUGUUGUUUUUGAUCGUGUAUCAUAAAUAAAGAGUAUGUUCGUCUGCAACGCUGCGCCUUGGUCCUCCUCUCUUAACGACGAUCGUGACAGCCAUGGCAUUUAUUGGUCGGGGAGUCAGUACUUAAGAUGUCAGAGAAGGUUACAUCACUGUGAAAGGCUAAGCUAGCCACCUGCUACACAUACUGUCCGUAGGCCAACUUUCCUUUCACCCAGUAAUCAAUGACAUCAACUGUGAACGCUUACUGCUGUAGUGCUGUAGUAUGUAGUAUUGUGUACUGUGGGUGCAUUAUGAAGACAUUAUGGAGGGAUGCUUUCGCUUUACUUUUGGUCUAUAAGACUUAAUCUUACAAAUAUGCAUCUCGAAGUUUGUGUGCCCUUUUGUUUGUGUGUGUGUGUGCGCGUGCUUGCAUGUGUGUGUGUAUGUGUAUAGGGGUCUGGGACAUGGUGCCUUCGGUGAGGUGUAUGAAGGGAUAGCAGCGGGGAUACCUGGAGAGCCCAGUCCCAUGCAAGUAGCAGUCAAGGUGAGCCCUGACACAAACAAAAAACAAGACAUACAGUUGAAGUCGGAAGUUUACAUACACCUUAGCCAAAUACAUUUCAACUCAGUUUUUCACAAUUCCUGACAUUUAAUCCUAGUAUAAAUUCCCUGUCUUAGGUCAGUUAGGAUCACCACUUUAUUUUAAGAAUGUGAAAUGUCAGAAUAAUAGUAGAGAGAAUGAUUUAUUUCAGCUUUUAUUUCUUUAAUCACAUUCCCAGUGGGUCAGAAGUUUACAUACCCUCAAUUAGUAUUUGGUAGCAAUGCGUUUAAGUUGUUUAACUUGGGUCAAACGUUUCGGGUAGCCUUCUACAAGCUUCCCACAAUGAGUUGGGUGAAUUUUGGCCCAUUCCUCCUGACAGAGCUGGUGUAACUGAGUCAGGUUUGUAGGCCUCCUUGCUCGCACACACUUUUUCAGUUCUGCCCACACAUUUUCUAUAGGAUUGAGGUCAGGGCUUUGUGAUGGCCACUCCAAUACCUUGACUUUGUUGUCCUUAAGCCAUUUUGCCACAACUUUGGAAGUCUGCUUUGGGUCAUUGUCCAUUUGUAAGACCCAUUUGCGACCAAGCUUUAACUUCCUGACUGAUGUCUUGAGAUGUUGCUUCAAUAUAUCCACAUAAUAAUCCUUCCUCAUGAUGCCAUCUAUUUUGUGAAGUGCACCAGUCCUGCAGCAAAGCACCCCCACAGCAUGAUGCUGCCACCCCCGUGCAUCACGGUUGGGAUGGUGUUCUUCGGCUUGCAAGCAACCCCCUUUUUCCUCCAAACAUAACGAUGGUCAUUAUGGCCAAACAGUUCUAUUUUUGUUUCAUCAGACCAGAGGACAUUUCUCCAAAAAGUAUGAUCGUCUGGCUUUUUUAUGGCAGUUUUAAAGCAGUGGCUUCUUCCUUACUGAGCGGCCUUUCAGGCUAUGUCGAUAUAGGACUCGUUUUACUGUGGAUAUAGAUCCUUUUGUACCUGUUUCCUCCAGCAUCUUCAGAAGGUCCUUUGCUGUUGUUCUGGGAUUGAUUUGCACUUUUCACACCAAAUACGUUCAUUUCUAGGAGACAGAAUGCGUCUCCUUCCUGAGCGGUAUGACAGCUGCGUGGUCCCAUGGUGUUAAUACUUGCUUACUAUUGUUUGUACAGAUGAACGUGGUACCUUCAGGCGUUUGGAAAUUGCUCCCAAGGAUAAACCAGACUUGUGGAGGUCUACCAUUUUUUUUCUGAGGUCUUGGCUGAUUUAAUUUGAUUUUCCUAUGAUUUCAAGCAAAGAGGCACUGAGUUUGAAGGUAGGCCUUGAAAUACAUCCACAGGUAAACCUCCAAUUGACUCCAAUUAUAUCAAUUAGCGUAUCAGAAGCUUCUAAAUUCAUGACAUCAUUUUCUGGAAUUUUCCAAGCUGUUUAAAGGCACAGUCAACUUAGUGUAUGUAAACCUCUGACCCACUGGAAUUGUGAUACAGUGAAUUAUAAGUGAAAUAAUCUGUUUGUAAACAAUUGUUUGAAAAAUUACUUGUGUCAUGCACAAAGUAGAUGUCCUAACCGACUUGCCAAAACUAUAGUUUGUUAACAAGAAAUUUGUGGAGUGGUUGAAAAACAAGUUUUAAUGACUCCAACCUAGGUGUAUGUAAACUUCCGACUUCAACUGUAAGUAAACAAACAAACAAAAAUACAUACAGAAUAUACUGGGCCUCAUACUUCAGUAAUAUUAGCAAGACUGUGUGUGUAUUUUGAACGUAUGACCAUUUUAUUCACAAACAUUUCAGUGUUUGAGCUUAUGUUGAUUUUUUUAUUUAACCUUUAUUUAGGCAGGGGAGUCCUAUUGAGACCAAGGUCUCUUUUUCGAUGGAGCCCUGCAAUGAGCCCCACUGUGCAGAUGGAUCCUUAGUACUGCACAUCUGUCUACACAGAUUGAUCUUUAGUACUUCACAUCUGUCUACACAAGUUCUCUCUGAAUAUCCUCAUUGUGUGUUCUGUGUGCGUCCCCUAUAGACACUCCCUGAGGUGUGCUCUGAGCAGGAUGAGCUUGACUUUCUCAUGGAGGCUCUCAUUAUCAGGUAACACAAACCACGUUUCCAUCCACAGUUUUCAUGCAAGUAAAGUCAUACCGUAUGAAAAUAUAUCACGACAGGUGCGAUGGAAACACAAAGUGUCGGUACAAUUUCACAAAUGUCGACAGAGAGUUUGUUCGUUCGACAUGGUGGGAUCUUUUUGCGUCGAUAAAAAUAAUGACGCGACAAUUGCGGUAUAAACUAUUUUAUGCGCAAUUAUUGGUAUAAUAAACCAUCAUAUCGAAGUAACUAUGGAGCCAAGCGAUGAUAUGCUCCGUUACCACUACAACGUGGAAAAGCAUUAGAGUUUAUAGCAAGACAAAAUAGUUUUGAUGAACUUUCCUGGUGGUAAAUGAUGGACGGUGAUGAGCUUCAUGUAAAUAUCAUUUCCAAUAAAUAUCUAGGGUUUUAUUUGAAUGCUGAUGACAUGAUGAUAAACAUUUGGCUGCCAAUUAUCAAAUAGAAAUGAUAAUGCUCUCAUCCAUUUCAUCUUAUUAUCUACCCCCACUUUGUCAGCUAACUGUUGUCUAGAGAGCAUGCGCCAAAACCAGAUAGGGUGCGUAUGCUAUAAAACGCAACAGUUUUUGUGACAAAACCGUCGGUAGAGUUGAAAAUGUGAUGGAAAUCGAUCUAACUUAUAUUUGUUAUUUUAUUAUUUAUUGGAAUUUAACCGCAAAAGUUAUUUUUAUGUGUACUAUCUCAUCACACACAACCUUUUAUCCGCAACAAAUCAAGAUGAUGGAAACAUUUGCAUAUUGUUUUUAUGCAGAUUUUUGAAUAUUAACAUGAAAAUCUGUCGCCAAUUGAAUGGAAACCUAGCUACAGUCAUACAAACCUAAGCACACAUGCACGCAUGCACACACACAGACUCACACACACAGCUUUUGGUUGAAGACAUAUUGCAAACAUGUUCCUACCAUAGCAGACCAUUCUUCACCAACCAUGUACUAUCCUCCCGAGUGGCGCAGUGGUCUAAGGCAUUGCAUCGCAGUGCUAGCUGUGCCACUAGAGAUCCUGGUUCGAAUCCAGGCUCUGUUGUAGCCGGCUGCGACCAGGAGACCCAUGGGGCGGCGCACAAUUGGCCCAGCGUCGGCCAGGGUAGGGAAUGGCCGGCAGGGAUGUAGCUCAGUUGGUAGAGCAUGGCGUUUGCAACGCCAUGGUUGUGGGUUCGAUUCCUACGGGGGGCCAGUAUGAAAAUAAAUAAUGUAUGCACACACUAACUGUAAGUUGCUCUGGAUAAGAGCAUCUGCUAAAUGACUAAGAUGUAAUGUACUGUAAUCUCUCUUCACUAUCCAACACUCUCCUUUCUCCUCCCCCUAUCUCCUCAUCCCCCACUCUCCCCCUGCAGUAAAUUCAGCCACCAGAACAUAGUGCGGUGUAUAGGGGUGAGUCUACAGGCCCUGCCACGCUUCAUCCUAUUGGAAUUGAUGGCUGGAGGAGACCUCAAGAGUUUCCUGAGAGAGACGCGGCCCAGACUGGUCAGUUGAGUUGCCAGCUUGUCUCGUAUAUUUCAAAUAUUAGUUAGUUCAGAGCUUAAGUGUCUUGAUCUAAGGCACAACAGCCGGAGAUGGUACCUUGGACUAGAGAUUUCUGAAAUCUUGAAAAGUGAGUUUGACCACAUUUGCCAAAUUGUUAAAAGGUUUGAAAUACAACUGUAAUAAAUGCAACAGUUGGACAAUGGAUGAAACAAACAAAAAAAUAAUACCCAUCAAGCAUAUAAAUGUUCAGGGAUUUUUGUGGAAUUAUUCAAUUCUUUUUGUUUCUUAGAAUGCACUCAUAUAUACAUUUUCUAAUGGUAUCAGGUAUUCUUUUAAUAUUUUGUGUUCAAAUAAAGAAAAUUAUGUGUGCCUAAUUUGCAUAAAUACAUGAGAUAUUUUAGCAUAUACACUACAUGACCAAAAGUAUGUGGACACCUGCUCCCCUUUGCUGCUAUAACAGCCUACUAGAUGUUGGAACAUUGCUGCGGGGACUUGCUUCCAUUCAGCCACAAGAGUAUUAGUGUGGUCGGGCACUGAUGUUGGGCGAUUAGGCCUGGCUCGCAGUCGGCGUUCCAAUUCAUCCCAAAGGUGUUUCAAUGGGGUUGAGGUCAGGGCUCUGUGCAGGCCAGUCAAGUUCUUCCACACCGAUCUCGACAAACCAUUUCUGUAUGGACCUCUCUUUGUGCACUGUUAUGCUAAAACAGGAAACGGCUUUCCCCAAACUGUUGCAAUAAUGUUGGAAGAACAGAAUUGUCUAGAAUAUCAUUCUAUGCUGUAGCAGUAAGAUUUCCCUUCAUUGGAACUAAGGGUCCUAGCCCGACCAUGAAAAAUAGCCCCAGACCAUUAUGCCUCCUCCACCAAACGUUACAGUUGGCACUAUGCAUUGAGGCAGGUAGUAACUUUCUCCUGGCAUCCGUCAAACCCAGAUUCAUCUGUCGUACUGCCAGACCGUGAAGUGUGAUUCAUCACUCCGGAGAACACGUUGCCACUGCUCCAGAGUCCAAUGGCGGCGAGCUUUUCACCACUCCAGCCGAUGCUUGGCAUUGCGUAUGGGGAUUUUAGGCUUGUGUGUGGCUGCUCGGCCAUGGAAACCCAUUUCAUGAAGCUCCCGACAAACAGUUCUUGUGAUGACGUUGCUUCCAGAGGCAGUUUUGAAAUUGGUAGUGAGUGUUGCAACAAAGGACAGAUGAUUUCUAGCACUCGGCGGUCCCGUUCUGUGAGCUUGUGUGGCCUACCACUUCGCGGCUGAGCCGUUGUUGCUCCUAGACGUUUCCACUUCACAAUAACAGCACUUACAGUUGACCGCGGCAGCUCUAGCAGAGCAGUAAUUUGACGAACUGACUUGUUGGAAAGGUGGCAUCCUAUGACGGUGCUACAUUGAAAGUCACUGAGCUCUUCAGUAAGGCUAUUCUACUGCUAAUGUUUGUCUAUGGAGAGUGCAUGGCUUUGUGCUCAAUUUUAUACACCUGUCAGCAACGGGUGUGGCUGAAAUAGCCAAAUCCACUAAUUUAAAGGGGCGUCAACAUACUUUGUAUAAAUAGUGUAUGAAUAAAUUAACAUAAAGGGGUGGAACAGGGCUGCAACCACCAAAAACUUGCUCCGUCUAGGCCUACCUGCAAUCACCUAUGCAGUCUAGACUGCCUCAUUAAUUACUGUUGUUUCAUGUUCUGUUGCAUAAUUCAACAAGUGUGUAAUUAGCAGGAUACCGUCGGAUUAAAAAUCAACACGCUUGGCUCUAGAUUUCACCGAUCUAUACAUACUUUACAUUAUUUGCGAGAUCAGACAUACAGUGCCUUGCAAAAGUACUCAUCGCCCUUGGUGUUUUUUCUAUUUCGUUGCAUUACAACCUGUAAUUUAAAUUGAUUUUUAUUUGGAUUUCAUAUAAUGGACAUACACAAAAGAGUCCAAAUUGGUGAUGUGAAAUGAAAAAAAUAACUUGUUUCAAAGAUUUUGAAAAAAUAAAUAAAGUUAAAGUGGUGCGUGCAUAUUUAUUCACCCCUUUUGCUAUGAAGCCCCUAAAUAAGAUCUGGUGCAACCAAUUACCUUCAGAAGUCACAUAAUUAGUUAAAUGAAGUCCACCUGUGUGCAAUCUAAGUGUCACAUGAUCUGUCACAUGAUCUCAGUAUAUAUACACCUGUUCUGAAAUGCCCCAGUCUGCAACACCACUAAGCAAGGAGCUCUCCAAACAGGUCAGGGACAAAGUUGUGGAGAAGUACAGAUCAGGGUUGGGUUAUAAAAAAAUAUCAGAAACUUUGAACAUCCCACGGAGCACCAUUAAAUCCAUUAUUAAAAAAUUGAAAGAAUAUGGCACCACAACAAACCUGCCAAGAGAGGGCCGCCUACCAAAACUCACGGACCAGGAAAGGAGGGCAUUAAUCAGAGAGGCAACAAAGAGACCAAAGAUAACCCUCGAAGGAGCUGCAAUGCUCCACAGCGGAGAUUGGAGUAUCUGUCCAUAGGACCACUUUAAGCCGUACACUCCACAGAGCUGGGCUUUACAGAAGAGUGGGCAGAAAAAAGCCAUUGCGUAAAGAAAAAAAUAAGCAAACACGUUUGGUGUUCGCCAAAAGGCAUGUGGGAGACUCCCCAAACAUAUGGAAGAAGGUACUCUGGUCAGAUGAGACUAAAUUUGAGCCUUUGGCCAUCAAGGAAAACGCUAUGUCUGGCGCAAACCCAACACCUCUCAUCACCCCGAGAACACCAUCCCCAAAGUGAAGCAUGGGGGUGGCAGCCAUGCUGUGGGGAUGUUUUUCAUCGGCAGGGACUGGGAAACUGGUCAGAAUUGAUGGAAUGAUGGAUGACGCUAAAUACUGGGAAAUUCUUGAGGGAAACCUGUUUCAGUCUUACAGAGAUUUGAGACUGGGACGUAGGUUCACCUUCCAGCAGGACAAUGAACCUAAGCAUACUGCUAAAGCAACACUCGAGUGGGGAAACAUUUAAAUGUCUUGGAAAGGUCUAGUCAAAGCCCAGACCUCAAUCCAAUAGUUAUGCAUAGUGCACGCUCAAGUUUUUGUCUUAUUUCUUGUUUGUUUCACAAAAAAAAUGAUUUUGCAUCUUCUGUAGCUCAGCUGGUUGAGCACGGCGCUUGUAACGCCAGGGUAGUGGGUUCGAUCCCCGGGACCACCCAUACACAAAAAUGUAUGCACGCAUGACUGUAAGUCGCUUUGGAUAAAAGCGUCUGCUAAAUGGCAUAUUAUUAUUAUUAUAAAGUGGUAGGCAUGGUGUGCAAAUCAAAUGACACAAACCCCCCAAAAAUCCAUUUUAAUUCCAGGUUGUAAGGCAACAAAAUAGGAAAAAUACCAAGGGGGGUGAAUACUUUCGCAAGCCACUGUAAUAUCACUAUAAUCCAAGUGUUGAUUUUCGGAAGUUGCUUUCGUUUUAGCGCAUCUCAUUAGUAAACAUUUCAAUUUCUAUUAAAAUAUAACUAUUUUCAAUUCCACAAAAAAAUUAACACCCAUCAAAAUAAAUAUCUUUCUUCUCUUUCUUGUGAUGUAAGUGUCGAGACGAUGCGCUAACUCCCAGAUGAAGCUUUAGCGUUCUUAUAGAUGCAACAGAAACACACUAUUCCAUUAAGCCUAUUUCAGCCAUUACCGGGGUGUGUUUGAUAGAAAGGUCAUUACAAACAUUAACAUAACGUUAACGAGAAAAAACUACAAGGAAGAGUAUGAAAGAGUCACAGGAGUAAAAUGAAAACAAUCAAUCCAGCAAGAUUUAAGUGACUAGUGAAUUUUGCACCCCUCAAACACAGGAAAUAGAUUGCUGAAAAUGACAGAUUCUCAGGUGCAUGUUGCUAGUUCUUUGUUAGUCUUGGUUGUGGAGCUUUGCUUACAUUGAUUAAGAUACAGGUACUUUACAGAGUAGACUAAAAUAUUUCAGUCUGAAGCUAACAGAGGAACAACAAAGGAUGCAACAGCUGUUUGGCUGCUGUGCUCUGCAGUAAAUCUGUCUCCAUUUUGUUUGGGAAUCUGUCUGCCAGUUGGUCCACCUAUCUGCAUGUCUGUCAUGUCUAUGUCUUCUGUUUUUCAGUCUAAUUCUUUGUCUUUUUGUAUGUCUCUGUUUUUUUUUGUGUAGAAGCUUGAAUGUCUGUCCGUGUGUCUGUCUGACUGCCUUCCUGUCUUUCUGUUUGAUUCUCUGUCUGUCUGAUUCACUGUCUGUCUGUUAUUUUAUCGGUCUUUCUAAUAUGUCUGUCAGUCUACCUAUCAGUCUUUCUCUGUCUCUGUCACUAUGGGCUCGAUGCAAUCCGUAGCACUGAAGAUCCGCGUUAUGGUGCGAUUUAAAUGUAAAGGUAAUUUCCGAUUGAGCAGACAUAUGCAGCGUUUACCGUGAAUACAGUCUCUGAGAACACGGGAACAUUAAAUUAAACAUUAAAUUUCAAUUGCGCUGUAGUGCGGGUCUUCAGCUCUACGGAUUGAAUCAAACCCUAUGUCUAUAUGAGCCUGAUCUCUCCCUCUCUGUCUGGUAUCUCUCUAUAGGAGCACCCUUCCAGUCUCUCCAUGGAGGACCUGCUCAACGUGGCCAGAGACAUAGCACAGGGAUGCCAAUACCUGGAGGAGAACCAGUUUAUACACCGGUAGGCCUACUGUGGUAGAGAAACAUACUGUACAUGGAUUUAUGUGUGUGCACAUACUGUAUAUUCAAACCCACACAAUAUGCAAUGACAGACACAUACACUCUUUCUCACACUAAUUUCACCCACUUACUGUAUACACACACACAGACACACAAACACACAAAUCAAAUCAAAAUCAAAUCAAAUUAUAUUUGUCACAUGCACCGAAUACAACCUUACCGUGAAAUGCUUACUGACGAGCCCUUAACCAACAAUGCAGUUUUAAGAAAAUAGAGUUAAGAAAAUAUAUACAUUACAAAUAAUAAUAAAUAGCAACAAAGACACAUUCACACCCUCCCAAACAAAAACAGAUGGGAACAAAACGGUUUGCCUGCUUCCCCCGGCAACCCCGGCAACCGCCUUGCUCGGUUUCCAUGGCGUCCGUACCUGUGACAGAAUUUUCCCUUUCACCCCAAACUUCCUGCAAGUCAUCCAAUGACAAACAAGCCCAAUUAAAGCAAAUUUACCCCAACAUGGGCAGUCAACUAUUAUACCGCCUAAUGGUGUCGCAGGAGUGUAGCUACAGACACACACACACAUACACACACGCAGACGCUAGCACGCACACACACGAAGGAGCACUAGGAGCACUAGGCUACACACAGGAGCACUAGGCUACACACACUACACACACACACACCAGCCCGACUCCUUAUUACAAUUCACAGCCACCGUCAUCAUCCUUAAGGCCACUACGUGUGUGUGCGUGUCACUAGACUACAUUGUCUUGAGGAAAACCUGCAUUGACGACAUGCUCUCUUGGAGCGCAUUAAGUAUCAACUGCAAUAUCUCGAAGAGUGUGUGUAUGCUGCUUUGUCAUACUACUCAAAUUCUGCAGCCUUUUAAGUCUUAUUACAAUCCCAUACCAUAUAAAUGCAUGGAUAUGCUAAACCUGGCUGUGAAUAACAUUGUUUUGUUUAAUCCAAAUUCAAACAGUUCAGAUUAACCAAUUGAAUGUUCAGUUAAUACUUAAUGCUUUAAUACAUUAAUCUGUUAUUGCGAUAAUCGCACGCUCAAUUGUUUAAAGGGUGGGAGUAGAAACCAACAUGCACACAACACAGUGAGCUACAGUACACAAUUCUCAAGGAUAUUUGUUUUGAGUUCUCUGUUUGCCCUUAUUAUACCAUGGGGAUAAGAUACCCACGUGUAUACACAUACAGACGAGCGCACACACACACACACACACACACACACACAUACACACACACACACACACACACACACACACACACACACACACACACAAACACACGCAGACAGACAGAAAAAUACACUCACACACAAGCACACAUACAGACAAGCGCACACAUGCACAGAUAGACAGACAGAAACACACACACACACACACACACACACACACACACACACACACAAACACACCCCUGUAAGGUUCUUCUUGUCUUGUCACUUUGCAGAGACAUUGCGGCCCGGAACUGCCUGCUGACCACCAAAGGACCGGGGAGAGUGGCCAAGAUCGGGGACUUUGGAAUGGCCAGGGACAUUUAUAGGUACUGCCAUCAUAAAAACUCUUUAAACCCAGCUACUAUAAAGGUAUAUGUGGACUGGGGUGGUCUGGCGGUCUGGGCCGUUGCCUCUGGAGCACAUUUACGAUAUACCGCUACCAGCAUGAGUUGGAGUCUGGCCUACUGCUAUUUCAGCACCAUCUCUCCUACGUUUCAACUCUGUCUAUCUCUUUUCAAACGUGACAAAAUACCGAAGUACUGGGACUGCCCCACUCCUAUAAAAAAUAAAUAUAUUUAAGCAAUAAGGCCCAACAAUAAGGCCCAAUAAUGCUCAAGAAAGCACAUAUACAGUCCCGUCUGAAGUUUGCCAAUGAACAUCUGAAUGAUUUAGAGGAGAACUGGGUAAAAGUGUUGUGGUCAGAUGAGACCAAAAUGGAGCUCUUUGGCAUCAACUCAACUCGCCGUGUUUGGAGGAGGAGGAAUGCUGCCUAUGACCCCAAGAACACACCAUCCUCACCGUCAAACAUGGAGGUCGAAACAUUAUGCUUUGGGGGUGUUUUUCUGCUAAGGGGACAGGACAACUUCACCACAUUAAAGGGACGUUGGACGUGGCCAUGAACCAUCAAAUCUUGGGUGAGAACCUCCUUCCCUCAGCCAGGGCAUUGAAAAUGGGUCGUGGAUGGGUAUUCCAGCAUGACAAUGACCCAAAACACACGGCCAAGGCAACAAAGGAGUGGCUCAAGAAGAAGCACAUUAAGGUCCUGGAGUGGCCUAGCCAGUCUCCAGACCUUAUUCCCAUAUAAAAUCUGUGGAGGGAGCUGAAGGUUCGAGUUGCCAAACGUCAGCCUUGAAACCUUAAUGACUUGGAGAAGAUCUGCAAAGAGGAGUGGGACAAAAUCCCUCCUGAGAUGUGUACAAACCUGGAGGCCAACUACAAGAAACGUCUGACCUCUGUGAUUGCCAACAAGGGUUUUGCCACCAAGUACUAAGUCAUGUUUUGCAGAGAGGUCAAAUACUUAUUUCCCUCAUUAAAAUGCAAAUCAAUUCAUAACAUUUUUGACAUGCGUUUUUCUGGAUUUUGUUGUUGUUAUUCUGUCUCUCACUGUUCAAAUAAACCUACCAUUAAAAUUAUAGACUGUUCAUUUCUCUGUCAGUGGGCAAACGUACAAAAUCAGCAGGGGAUCAAAUACUUUUUUCCCUCACUGUAUAUAUAUAUAUAUAUAUAUAUAUAUAUAUAUAUAUAUAUAUAUAUAUAUAUAUAUAUAUAUAUAUAUAACAAAAAUCACAAGAAAAUACAAUAUAAAAUAAUACAAAAUAAAAGUAACAAAUAAUUAAAGAGCAGCAGUAAAAAUAACAAUAGCGAGGCUAUAUACAGGGGGUACCGGUACCGAGUCAAUGUGCGGGGGCACCGGUUAGUCGAGGUAAUUGGGGUAAUAUGUACUGGAUGGCAGGAAGCUUGGCCCUAGUGAUGUACUGGGCCGUACGCAAUACCCUCUGUAGUGCCUUGCGGUCGGAGGCCGAGCAGUUGCCAUACCAGGCAGUGAUGCAACCAGUCAGGAUGCUCUCGAUGGUGCAGCUGUAGAACCUUUUGAGGAUCUGAGGACCCAUGCCAAAUCUUUUAAGUCUCCUUAGGGGGAAUAGGUUUUGUCGUGCCCUCUUCACGACUGUCUUGGUGUGCUUGUACCAUGUUAGUUUGUUGGUGAUGUGGACACCAAGGAACUUAGCUCUCAACCUGCUCCACUACAGCCCCGUCGAUGAGAAUGGGGCCGUGCUCUGUCCUCUUCUUUUUCCUGUAGUCCACAAUCAUCUCCUUUGUCUUGAUCACGUUGAGGGAGAGGUUGUUGUCCUGGCACCACACGGCCAGGUCUCUGACCUCCCUAUAGGCUGUCUCGUCAUUGUCUGUGAUCAGGCCUACCACUGUUGUGUCAUCUGCAAACGUAAUGAUGCUGUUGGAGUCGUGCCUGGACAUGCAGUCAUGAGUGAACAGGGAGUAUAGGAGGGGACUGAGCACGCACCCCUGAGGGGCCCCCGUGUUGAGGAUCAGCGUGGCGGAUGUGUUGUUACCUACCCCUUACCACCUGAGGGCGGCCCGUCAGGAAGUCCAAGUUCCAGUUGCAGAGGGAGGUGUUUAGUCCCAGGGUCCUUAGCUUAGUGAUGAGCUUUGAGGGCAUUAUGGUGUUGAACGCUGAGCUGUAGUCAAUGAAUAGCAUUCUCACAUAGGUGUUCCUUUUGUCCAGGUGUGAAAGGGCAGUGUGGAGGGCAAUAGAGAUUGCAUCAUCUGUGGAUCUGUUGUGGCGAUAUGUAAAUUGGAGUGGGUCUUGAGUUUAUGGGAUAAUGGUGUUGAUGUGAGCCAUGACCAGCCUUUCAAAGCACUUCAUGGCUACAGACGUGAGUGCUACGGGUCGGUAGUCAUUUAGGCAGGUUACCUUAGUGUUCUUUGACACAGGGAUUAUGGUGGUCUGUUUGAAACAUGUUGGUAUUAAGGACUCAGACAGGGAGAGGUUGAAAAUGUCAGUGAAGACACUUACCAGUUGGUCAGUGCAUGCUCGGAGUACACAUCCUGGUAAUCCGUCUGGCCCUGCGGCCUUGUGAAUGUUGACCUGUUUAAAGGUCUUACUCACAUCGGCUACGGAGAGCGUGAUCACACAGUCAUCCGGAACAGCUGAUGCUCGCAUGAUUGUUUCAGUGUUACUUGCCUCGAAGCGAGCAUAGAAGUAAUUUAGCUCAUCUGGUAGGCUCAUGUCACUGGGCAGCUCGCGGCUGUGCUUCCCUUUGUAGUCUGUAAUAGUUUGCAAGCCCUGCCACAUCCGACGAGCGUCGGAGCCGGUGUAGUACGAUUCGAUCUUAGUCCUGAAUUGACGCUUUGCCUGUUCGUCGGAGGGCAUAGCAGCUUCCGGGUCAGAGUCCUGCUCCUUGAAAGCGGCAGCUCUACCCAUUAGCUCAGUGUGGAUGUUGCCUGUAAUCCAUGGCUUCUGGUUGGGGUAUGUAUGUACAGUCACUGUGGGGACGACAUCAUCAAUGCACUUAUUGAUGAAGCCAGUGACUGAUGUGGUGUACUCCUCAAUGCCAUCGGAAUAAUCCCGGAACAUAUUCCAGUCUGUGCUAGCAAAACAGUCCUGUAGCUUAGCAUCUGCUUCAUCUGACCACUUGUUUAUUGACCGAGUCACUGGUGCUUCCUGCUUUCGUUUUUGCGUGUAAGCAGGAAUCAGGAGGAUAGAAUUAUGGUCAAAUUUUCCAAAUGUAGGGCGAGUUAGAGCUUUGUAUGUGUCUCUGUGUGUGGAGUAAAGGUGGUCUAGAGUUUUCCUCUGGUUGCACAUUUAACAUGCUGGUUGAAAUGAGGUAAAACAGAUUUAAGUUUCCCUGCAUUAAAGUUCCCGCCCACUAGGAGCGCCGCCUCUGGAUGAGCCUUUUCCUGUUUGCUUAUGCCCGAUACAGUUCAUUGAGUGCGGUCUUAGUGCCAGCAUUGGUUUGUGGCAUACAUAGACUGCCACCCCUUGUCUUACCAGAGGCUGCUGUUCUAUCCUGCCGAUACAGUGUAUAACCCGCCAGCUGUAUGUUAUUCAUGUCAUCGUUCAGCCACAAUUCGGUGAAACAUACGAUAUUACAGUUUUUAAUGUCCCGUUGGUAGGAUAUUCAUGCCUGUAGUUCGUUCAUUUCAUUAUGAAGCGAUUGUAAAUUGGUCAAUAGUAUCAAUGGCAAAGGCAGAUUAGCCACUCAUCGCCGGCUCCUUACCAAGAUCCCCGAUCUCCUUCCGUGAUAUCUCCUUUUCUUUCUACUGCGAAUGACGGGGAUGAGGGCCCUGUCGGGUGUCUGGAGCAAAUCCCUCUCGUCCAACUCUUAAAAUAAAAAUUAUUUGUCCAGUUCAAGGUGAGUAAUCGCUUUUCUGAUGUCCAGAAGCUCUUUUUGGUCAUAAGAGACGGUAGCAGCAACAUUAUGUACAAAAUAAGAUAAAAACAGUGCGAAUAAACACACAAAAUAGCACGGUUGGUUAAGAGUCCAUAAAACGGCAGCCAUCCACUCUGGCGCCUUUACUCAUCCAAUGCAGCGCAAUCCAUAAAGCUUGUUGCAUCAUACCCAAGAAUCGCUGCCAAAGGUGCUUCAACAAAGUACGGAGUAAAGGGUCUGAAUACUGAAUACUAUAGUCUUUUAUGAUUAAUAAAGGUGCAAAAAUUUCUAACAUCCUUUUUUUUAGUUGUCAUUAUGGGGUAUUGUGUGUAGAUUGAUGAGAGAAAAAACAAUUUAAUCAAUUUUAGAAUAAGGCUGUAACGUAACAAAAUGUGGAAAAAGUCACAAGGUUUGAAUACUUUUAGAAUGUACUGUAUAAAGAUUAGCUGGUUAUCCACUAACACGUGGGCUUGUGCUUGAGAGAUUGUUUAUGAGACCUGUGUUAAUUUUCUAUAACGCCUGCUACAAGAAAUUGGUCAUUAGGUGUCACGCCCUGGCUCGGGGGACUCUUAAAUGUUGAGCCAGGGUGUGGAGUUUCUGUUACAUUUUCUAUGCUUUCGUUCUAGAUCGUUUAUAUCUAUGUUGGCCAGGGUGGUUCCCAAUCAGAGACAGCUGUAGCUCGUUGUCUCUGAUUGGGGACAAUACUUAGGCAGCCUUUUGGCAUGUUCGUUUUGUGGGAUCUUGUUCCCUAAGGUUUUGUGUAUAACCUAGGACUUCACGUAUCGUUUGGUUUAUUGUUUUGGUUCGUGUGUGUACUCAAUAAAGAAUGUACGCUUAUCACGCUGCGCCUUGGUCCGCUUCAGUCAAUGAUCGUGACAUUAGGGCCCUGUGUAGCUCAGUUGGUAGAGCAUGGCGCUUGCAACGCCAGGGUUGUGGGUUCGAUUCCCACGGGGGGCCAGUAUGAAAAUGUAUGCACUCACCAACUGUAAGUCGCUCUGGAUAAGAUCGUCUACUAAAUGACUAAAAUGUAAAAAUGUAAUUAUUAGUGGAUGUGCAUUGUGUAUGGUUCUGGAAAAAUGCGUUACAAAAUUGCAUUUUCAUAGACAGACUUGAAAGCCAGAUCAGUGAUUUUCGCAAAAAAAUCAGAUUAUACUAUUUGGAUUAAAUAAUGUAAUUAUUAGUGGGUCUUACGGUGGUGAAAGGCUUAUAAUUAGCCUAGGUAUAAUUUUGAAUUGUAAUUUUGAAUAAAUGAAAUUUUCCUGACUGUUUGAAAUUCAGUGUAUUGACCAUUAAUCGUCCAACAAAGCUUAUUUAGAGAAAACAAGAUAUAUUGUGAAUCGCCCAUAAGUUUAAAAAAAUGUAAAUACAAUUUUUUGGCCAUAUUUCCCAGCACUAAUACCUCUGGAUCCUCAUGAUUCUCCCCCUCUGCAAAGACCAAUGCUUCCGACUUUUCCACGGCGUACGGUCCAGCCAAGUUUAAUAGAGUGUAUGAUUUAACUUUCUUUGUCUUGUCUGAUAGACGUUGGAGUAUAUUCGCCAUUCCUUCUCAAACUUUUUCCAGUUGUCCGCAAUGUUUUCGUUGAAAACCAGUACGUCAAUGCAGCGCAAUCCCUGUGCCAUUUCACCACUUCUGACACCAUGUGAUGCGUGGGCGAAAUAAGGGAGUCUGACAACAUUACUGCCAGUGUAAAUGUCCAUAGUUUACUUCACCAUUAGCCUUUCAUACAUGGUACAUCGUGUCACACUUAAUGAUGUCCCCAUACACUCCACUUAUAGUGUCCUAAUUUAGUUCCAGUGUAACCCACCCAUCUACAACAACCCAAAACUGGCUGCAUGUCUGGCUGGUAUGGGGUUUACCCUUUGUGGAAUAACCCCUUUGUCAGGAUUAUGACAACAAAUAUGUCAACUCUGUCCGGAUCAUGGGACAGCUGAAAUCGCCACUGACUCACCAUAUCACAAAAUACCAUAAAUCCAAGUUGCCUGACAUAACAAGAUCACCAAAGUACCACAUCUAUACUACAGUAUAUAAAAACUAUAAACAUCAACACAUGCUUCUUUCUUUCAACAGACCUCCCACACUUGGUAGUUUUUUUUAACAACUCCCGUCGCACAGUCCAUCAUGUAGUUUUUAUGAGGCGAAUCGCAGGGGGGAGUGAAUCGACCGCGCUUUAAAGUGACGGGAGUCUGUGAUUGACCCUAAAAACCAACUAAUCCCUUUGAAAACGGCCUAUGUGGCAUCAACGUUUAUUCUAGUGUCAAAAUUGACUACAAAGUAUAAAUAGGAUAAUUCUGGUCAUAAAUAAUAAUAAUAAUAAUAUGCCAUUUAGCAGACGCUUUUAUCCAAAGCGACUUACAGUCAUGCGUGCAUACAUUUUUGUGUAUGGGUGGUCCCGGGGAUCGAACCCACUACCUUGGCGUUACAAGCGCCGUGCUCUACCAGCUGAGCUACAGAGGACCACAAAGUUAGUCUUGUCUAAAACAGAGUUCGUAACCUCAGUGCGUCACAACAAGUAAAUGAAGGUUAGGUUUGGAUAACAAUUAUGUCAACAAAUUAUGCCCCCUUUUGCCAAGCUCCACGUGCAAAUCGCCCCUCUGCCCACUGUGCUUUGCUUUCAAAGGAUCACAGACGACAAUGCAAUGCAUGCUGGCAUGAGACAAAAGAGUGUGAAGCAGUGGGGAAAGUGGUUGUAUGUGCUAAUUGUAGGGGUGGCCAUGGGGCUGGGGAUCAGAUAUGUCCAGUGCGAGAGAAGCAGGUUGAGGUUUCCAGGGUAAGAGUAGAGAAGAAAUUGUCAUAUGUGGAGGCAGUGAAGAAAGUAGAGGAAGAUGGGUCAAGGGGGGAGGGGGGGAGUGGUGAGAGUAUGAGAUACGUACCAGUACAAUGGGAUAGGCAAGCAAGUGAUAUAUGUUUCAGGAAGAUUGGAUUUUUAGCGUUUAUAGCAAUUGUUAUUAAUUGUACUGCAGGGAUGGAACAUAAGUCGAAGAAAAUUGAGGUUGUGGUGGCAGCUGCAGAGAGAUAUUUGGGUGGACGAGACCUGACAGCAGAAGAGUUACAGGGAGUGUUAAGUGAUGAUGUCCCAUCAUUUCAGGUUGAGGGCAUGAGGUAGGAGUGAGUAUAUUUAAAUAGUGGAGAAGGGUGGGGUUAAUUGUUAGUAAUAGUUUUGAAUUUGUGAGUGUAGUGUUAGAUGGUAGGGUAUUUCUUUGCUUUGUUUUAUUUUAUUUUUCAAGGAAAAGAUAAGGGAGUUGUACUCCAGUCUAGUUCUUGGUGGUAAUGCCACAAAUUGGAUGCGAAACCCAACUUUACAUUUCUGUGUCACCAGAGGAUUUUAGCCCCAUGGAUAAAUUAUUAGACUGUAUUAGUGAUUUUCUAUGGCUCACAACUUCCUCCAGCUAAAUCAAGACAAGACCGAGGUACUUAUUGAUAGAGCCAAAGCACAGAGAUAGAAUCUAGCCGCACAUUUUAAUUCACGGGCAAUAAAGAUAAAACACCAGGUAAAAAACCUAGGUGUUAUUAUAGAUUCUGAACUCAAUUUAUAAUCACACAUUAGGAAUGUGAUCAAAAAUAGAUUUUUACCACCUGCGAAACAAGGUGCAGCCGUUUCUCUCUCAGGCUGAUACAGAGAGACUCAUCCAUGCUUUUAUUACAAGCAAGCUUGACUACUGUAAUGCUCUCCUGUCUUGUCUACCCAAGAAAGCCAUUGGUCAACUGCAAAACAUACAGUAUGCUGCAGCACGGGUACUGACCAAGACCAGACGGAGAGCACAUAUUACACGUUUUAAGGUCUCUGCACUGGCUGCCUGUGAGUUUAUGAAUUAAUUUUAAGAUUCUUCUAUUGGUUUUUAAAUCAAUCCAUGAUUGUGCGACCUAAUACAUGUGAAACAUGCUUUAAAGUUAUGUACCCAGUAGGUCCCUCAGGUCCUCUGGUACUGGCCUUUUAACUAUCCCAAAGCCUAGGACCAAGAGGCAUGGCGAGGCAGCCUUUAGUUACUAUGCCUUCAGCCUCUGGAAUAGCCUGCCAGAGAACCUGAGGGGGGCUGAAACUGUGGACAUUUUUAAAAGAGAUCUUAAAACACACCUUUUUAGCUUUGCUUUUCCUUAGGGAGAUUUUGUCGUUCAGUUUUUAUUGUUAGUCUUUAGUUUUUUAUCCUGUUAUGUUUGUUGUGUAGUAAAUAUUUCAGUUAUUUUAUUAGUUUUUUUCCUGUGAACACAUUGCGUUGCAUUCAAUGUCUGAAAUGUGCCGUACAAAUAAAGCUUGAUUUGAUUUGAUCCAACACAAUCAUGAAGUUUGCUGACGACGGUGGUAGGCCUGAUCAACGGCGAUGAUGAGACAGCCUACAGGAGGAGGUCAGUGACCUGGCAGUGUGGUGCCGGGACAACAACCUCUCCCUCAACGUCAGUACGACCAAGGAGCUGAUCGUGGACUACAGGGCUGCAGUGGAGCGGGUUGAGAGCUUCACGUUCCUCGGUGUCCAACUCACUAAGGCCUUAAAAUGGUCCACUCACACGCUCAUAGUUGUGAAGAAGGAUCAACAGCGCCUCUUCCCCCUCAGGAGAUUGAAAAGGUUUGUAAUGGGCCAUCAAUCCCUCAAAAAGUUAUACAAGGACACACCCAAGAAACACCCACAUCAAACCACGUCCCCAUGCCAACUCAUGUUUAGCUUCUGUCAUGGCCGCCAGAAUUUCUAGAGGAGCAAACAAAAAAACAAUGCCAAAUCAGAGGGUGCAGUUCCCCUUUAACUUUUAUCUUCUCAGUGUGUGUUUAGGACCGGCGAAGAUUAAACGGGCUGAGGCUGUUAUCAGCGGGUAAUCUGAUAGCGGCGUCGCGUAUCAGAUAACAACCUCACAGCGGGAGCUUGAUACAGUUUAAAACACAACUCGGCUCGGUCUGUGAAAAAAUAAAAAGAAUCCCCCUUUUUUCUUGAAGAUAAGGAGGACUGAGGACUUUCGUGGGCGUUUACGCGCUCUGUUACAGUUAUUGUAAUUGUGGAUCAGCACGGCGCGAUAUCACUGUGUCAAAGGAGGAUCUAAUUAUUAGAGCUGAUGGUGUGCUGUUUCCAUGGCAACGCUGGUGUGACUGAACUUUGGCCCUGCCCUUCUCUCUCUUUUCAUCCCUUUAUCUUCCUGUUGUGCAGAUCACCUGUAUGUGUGUCUGUGUCUCCCCACAGGGCCAGCUACUACAGAAAGGGUGGGCGCGCCAUGCUACCUGUGAAGUGGAUGCCCCCCGAAGCCUUCAUGGAGGGGAUCUUCACAUCCAAAACGGACACGUGGUACGUUCCAUUGUAACGCACUCCCAAUAACAUCUUAGUUCUCAUGAAUGUCACCCCCUUUCAUUUCACCCCUCCAGUCUACCUCACUUCCCUCUCUCUGUCCUUUAAUGGAGAAUAUCAUCUUUCACCUUUUGAAAGCCUCUCUCCCUCCUCCCUCUCUCCUUCACCCCUCACUUUGCCCUUAUCACCUUUAUGAUUUAUGAUUCUCUCUCUCCCCCCACCUCUCACUAUCUUCUUCCUCCUACCUCUCUCUCCCCCUCUGUCUCAGGUCCUUUGGAGUGCUGCUAUGGGAGAUAUUCUCUUUGGGCUAUAUGCCCUAUCCUAGUCGCAGUAACCAGGAAGUGUUGGAGUUUGUCACCAGUGGGGGAAGGAUGGACCCUCCCAAAAACUGCCCAGGGCCUGUGUAAGUCCAAUAUAACCCCAAAACAAUCACACUUCACCCAAACACAUGUAGCAGAUGUGUGCUAGCAGGCUAGUGAAGAUUGAAAAGUGAACUGUCGCUCAGUCAUCUUCCGCCCCUGUCUGUGUCCCUGUAUUACACAGGGAUACAAGCGUACACACUCACACACAAAACACACCCAUAACUUCUCAGACUAUCUCGUGCUUGCCCACCUUUUCUUUUUUGAUAGUUCUUUCACAGAAAGAUAGACACAGUCCCCAUGUAGUACGAUUCAUCUUCGUCACGACUAGCUCGCAACAGGCCCGUCACAUUACCACAGCAUAUUACACAAGAGUAAUGAAUCCAAGUCAAAUCAGCCCUAAUAAAAAUAAAUAGCUUGAUUCGAUGUCUCAGUGGGGUACCCCAGGGUUCAGUUUAACCCCCACUGACUUUCCAACGGUAAUCACUCGAACUAGCGGGAUGUUACACUUCAUUGACAACAUUGUGUGUGAGUUUGCGUCUGUCAAGUGACGGCACUAGGUCUGGGUAGGAUGUCGGCUUCUCUUGGACAUUUCAAAAGGACUCUUCAGACAGACAACUCUCCAGACAAAUCACAAGUUUGGGUAGGCGGGGCUUAAAAUGCAGGCGGGAAUUGUGCUCAUGUUUAGCUAGGGUAGCAAGCGGCUAUGGCAGUGAUGUUACCAGUGACACUUCCCAUUUCCGACUCGUCCUGUCUGUCCCAACUGACGCCGCAACUUGUACAGAUGUUUUAGCUGGAGCAUUGAUACAUUGCCAGAAGCAAACUGUCUGUCUAGAGAGACUAGUCAAUGUGUGCGAAGUUCAAAUAGAGGAAAAGUUUUUGAUUGUGCUUUUGUGUGUGUGUGUGUUUCAGGUACCGGAUAAUGACACAGAGUUGGCAGCAUCAACCUGAGGACAGGCCCAACUUCUCCACCAUUUUGGAAAGGAUUGACUACUGCUUACAGGUAGGGAGCGUAAACAUCGAGAGUCAACACCUCUGCACCGGAACUGUAUUAAUGUGUCUGUCUAACUGCCAAGAGAUUAUUUUUAUAUGUUUGACUAUUUUAAAAAGUUAUACAGCUCAUAACCUGUAUUCCUUUUGGAAUAGCUUCUAAGGUUGAUUGAAUUAGAAGUACAAUUCAGAACUAUGUUAUUUUCUACAAAUUCAGACAUUGGUAAUGUUAAUGUCAUAGCUUGUUGUUCACCAUUGUUAGUGUCUAAUGCUAGUACCAUUGCUCCUCUAUCCUCUCCAGGACCCUGAUGUGGUGACUGUUCCCUUGCCUGUGGAAUAUGGCCCCCUCCCUGAAGAGGAGGAGCGGGUACCCAUGCCCCCUGAGGACCUCACGGCCUCCCCCCUGCUGGUGUCCACUCUGACGCCUGACGGGGAGGGGCCCGCACCGACACCGUCAGCCCCCCAGCCUACCGAGGAGAACCGAAGAGUUCAACAGCCCCUCCUCCUUUCCAGCCAGCCCCCCGAAACUGGCAAGCCCGAGGCGGUGGCUCAACAACUCCACCCCCACCCCCAGACAUUCACCAUGACCGCCACCUCCAAGGCGCCUCUCCCCAUCUCCACCCAGCAGCCCAACCCAGAGGGGGGCCACGUCAAUCUGGCCUUCACCCAGGGCCACCCUGGGGAUAAGGAGGGUCGCAAUGGGAAACCCACCAACCUGUGGAACCCCACCUACGGCUCCUGGUUCCUCCAGCAGCAGCAGCAGAAGAAGCAGCAGCAACAACAGCAGCAGCAACAACAGCAGCAGCAGCAAAAGCAGGAAAGAGUGGGCAGUGGAGGUGGGGGAGUUGGAGGUGGGAGGGUUACAGGCGAGGGGCAGGAGCACCAGGGGCGGACUGUGGCCGAGGCGGUGGGGGCCCUGGGUCUCCAGCACCAGCAGCACAAGCAGCAGCAGUUCCAGCCACCGUAUCCCUUCCAUCCACAGCAGCAACAGCAUCAACAACAGCAGAUGCAGCUCCAGCAGAUGCAUCUCUUACAUCACCAACAGCAGCCUCAGCAACAGCAGGGGCUCUGCAGGCCGCUUUUGCCACCUCCGCCCCCAGCCCAGGCCACCUCCUUGGGUACCAUUGCCCCUACCCCUUCCCCGCUCCUGUUAGAUUCGGCCACCCUUCCCCCGGUCCCCCUAUUCAGACUUCGCAGAUUCCCCUGCGGGAACAUCGGCUAUGGCUACCAGGAACAAGGGUUGCCCCUGGAGGUGACCCACCACCACCCCAAUCCUGUCUCUGUCAACCCCACUCCUCCACCGCCCCCUACCCCGCCGCCCGUGGCCUCCCAGAGAGAAGUGGCGGGGACCCAGCUGUCGCUGAGCCACUCGACAACGGCCAAAGCCGAGGACAGCCUCCCUCUGCUGGUCACCAUGGGGACGGUGCAGGACCCCAGGCUACCCCGGAUGGAGGGCCACAAUGCCACAGUGCUUUAG